UGAUGGACAAGCCCUUUUACACAAGUUUGACUUUAAGGAGGGCCACGUCACAUACCAUAGGAGAAAGAUCUGAGAAGGUGGCUGAUGAGAAAACUCAGAAGAUUUAUCCGCACCGAUGCUUAUGUCCGGGCAAUGACCGAGAAGAGGAUUGUCAUAACAGAAUUUGGCACCUAUGCUUUCCCAGACCCCUGCAAGAAUAUAUUUUCCAGGUUUUUUUCUUACUUUCGAGGAGUGGAGAUUACUGACAAUGCCCUUGUAAAUAUAUACCCAGUGGGAGAAGAUUACUAUGCCUGUACAGAGACCAACUUUAUCACAAAAGUUAACCCAGAGACCUUGGAGACAAUUAAGCAGGUUGAUCUUUGCAACUACGUCUCAGUCAAUGGUGCCACAGCUCACCCACAUAUUGAAAGUGAUGGAACUGUUUACAAUAUUGGCAAUUGCUUUGGGAAAAAUUUUUCAGUUGCCUACAACAUUAUUAAGAUCCCUCCACUACAAGCAAACAAGGAAGAUCCAAUAAACAAGUCAGAAAUCGUUGUGCAGUUUCCCUGCAGUGAUCGGUUCAAACCAUCUUAUGUACACAGUUUUGGUCUGACUCCCAACUAUAUCGUUUUUGUGGAGACUCCAGUCAAAAUUAAUCUUUUCAAGUUCCUCUCUUCAUGGAGUCUUUGGGGAGCCAACUACAUGGAUUGUUUUGAGUCCAAUGAAAGCAUGGGGGUUUGGCUUCAUGUUGCUGACAAAAAAAGAAGAAAGUGUCUCAAUAAUAAAUACAGGACCUCCCCUUUCAAUCUCUUUCAUCAUAUCAAUACUUACGAAGACAAUGGGUUUCUGAUUGUGGACCUCUGCUGCUGGAAAGGGUUUGAAUUUGUUUAUAAUUACUUAUAUUUAGCCAAUUUACGUGAGAACUGGGAAGAAGUGAAAAGAAAUGCCAUGAAGGCUCCUCAGCCUGAAGUCAGGAGAUAUGUACUUCCUUUGACAAUUGACAAGGCUGACACAGGCAAGAAUUUAGUCACACUUGCCCAUACAACUGCCACAGCCAUUCUUUGCAGUGAUGAAACCAUCUGGCUGGAACCUGAGAUUCUCUUUUCGGGGCCCCGUCAAGCCUUUGAAUUUCCCCAAAUAAAUUAUCGGAAAUAUGGGGGGAAUCCUUACACCUAUGCAUAUGGACUUGGUUUGAAUCACUUUGUUCCAGACAAGCUCUGUAAGCUGAAUGUCAAAACUAAAGAAAUCUGGAUAUGGCAAGAGCCAGAUUCUUACCCAUCUGAACCCAUCUUUGUUUGUCAUCCAGAUGCGUUGGAAGAAGAUGAUGGUGUAGUUCUGAGCGUGGUGGUGAGUCCUGGAGCAGGACAAAAGCCUGCAUACCUCCUGAUUCUGAAUGCCAAAGACUUCAGUGAAGUUGCAAGGGCUGAAGUGGAGACUAAUAUCCCUGUUACCUUCCAUGGAGUGUUCAAAAGAUCAUGAACAUAUUCCAGAGACAGCAUUGUUCAAGUUCUCACACUUGCCUUCCACUGAUGGAGGUGAGGAAUCUGAAUGGAUGGAGGCUUCCUCUGAAGACCCAAAAACUGUCAUCAGUGUUGCUGAUGGUGACUGUAGGAACUGUGCUUACACUAUGACUGGAUGCUCUUUUAAUCACUUUCACAAUCAUCUGAAGAAGAGACAAUUUUUCUGGCUUUGGUGUACCAGACCUUGUUCCACACCUUCUUCAUUCAUUAUACUCAACUAACCCUCACAGUCACUCACUCUGUAGAGUAGGCAUUUUUCAUUUCUAUUGGACUUGGUUCCCUUGUCUAACAUGUCAGAUGAGUAGAUUAGUGUAGAACAAGUUCCCUAAAAUCCAUCUAUUUACUAAGAGAGCCAAAUCUAGGUCAUAACUUGGUGGGAUUUCUGACUUCACUAUGUCUUUCCCAAAUAUAAUAUUAUUAAAGUCAAACCUGCUUUUACCUUUGACUGUAGCACUAUAGCUGAAAACAAUGUUUCUACAGGCACAUAAUGAUUGUUUCAGUCAUCAAAGAAUAAUUUUAUACUGUUUAUAGUUGGGAAAUAACUAAAAUUCACAUUUGUGGUGUACCAUUUAAGAUAUAUCACAACCGUUAUCAUAGAUUAGAAUUUGUCGCCAAACCACAGAUGUUGUAUAUUUAGGGAAAACAACUGCAUAGAGAAAUGUAGUCACUAUAGAGCCUGGGCUCAGCUAAUGGCAAGAUCUGUUGACUAGGAAUAUUUAUUUUAAAUCUAUGCCACAUUAUUUACUAUUCUAGAAAACAGUCACAGGGAUCCCCGUUGGCCAAAUGCAAAUAUUCACAUUGUAAGAAGGAAUAAACAAAGAUAGACAGAUAGAGAUAGAUAGAUAGAUAGAUAGAUAGAUAGAUAGAUAGAUGCCAAAAUACAAUAUAAGAACAAAAGAAGUAAAGAAUACAACAAAUUUUUAUAGAGACGAGAAAUGAUGAAAACAGGACAAUCUCUAUAACAGCAGUUGACUGCAGCAAGAAAAUCACAAAGGAAUGAUGGACAGAGUCAUAAAAUGUGACUAAGAAUCUAUAGUGCCACAGAUAAUGACAUUAACCAUUUACCAAGUUCCUCCUUAUUGGCUCUGCAGAAGGAUUCAUUUCUGAAUAUCUGCAUAGUUCUCCUCACCAACUACAGAGGUUUCUGCUAUUUUUACUUUCUAUAAAGGGUACUAAGGACCAGAAAACCUAAGCAACUUUUAAAUGACAAAGCUUACUUGGACCAAUAGUUCUAAAUUCUGUUGCCUUCUUAACCUCCAUAGAAGCAUAAAGGACAUUCUUCAGAAGAGACAAUUAAGCUUUAAUAGAAAUUUUAUCAUGACUUUUUCUGAGCUAUUCAUUAGGAAUAACACAUCUUCCUACCACUAAUAAUGUUAUUCAAAACUAGUUAUUUCUAAGAUUAAAUAAUAAGGAUAUUUGGAUGUUAUUUC